AUGAUCAUCUACAAGGACAUCAUCACCGACGAUGAGAUGAUCUCGGACUCGUUCGACCUCAAAGAGGUCGACGGUGUCGUCUAUGAGGUCGAUUGCCAGAUGAUCACUGAGGGCAAGAUCGACGUCGAUAUUGGCGCCAACCCCUCGACCGAGGGCGGCGAGGACGAGGGCGUCGAGGACCAGGAGAUCAAGGUCAACAAUGUCGUCUACACCUUCCGCCUUCAGUCUACUUCUUUCGACAAGAAGUCCUACCUGACCUACCUGAAGAGCUACAUGAAGGCUGUCCGCACCAAGCUCCAGGAGGCCGGCAAGUCCGAGGAGGAGGUCAAGGACUUCGAGACCAAGGCCGCCGCCUAUGCCAAGAAGAUCAUUGCCAACUUCAAGGACUGGGAGUUUUACACCGGCGAGAGCAUGAACCCCGAGGGCAUGAUCGUCCUCCUCAACUACCGCGAGGAUGGUGUCACCCCCUACUGCGUCUUCUGGAAGCACGGUCUCAAGGAGAUGAAGGUCUAA